GUUUGGUGAUCAGACAACAGUGUAGUCUAGCUAAGAUCAACUCAUAAACUCGCUGCGGUACCAUGGCUCAAAAGUUUUGCAUUGCCUUUGCCCUGUUGGCCAUUGCGGCUAUACGGGCAGCUCCUUUCCACGGCCACGAACAUCACGGCCAUCAUGGUGGAGCCACCAGUCAUGCCUCCGUGCACCUGACAUCCCACGAUGACGGUCACGAUCAAGGUCAUGGCCACGAUCACGGUCACGGUCACGAGGAUCAUCACGAUUCCCAUGCCGAGUAUGACUUCACCUACGGAGUCAAGGAUCACAAGACUGGGGAUGUGAAGACGCAGAGCGAGUCACGACAUGGCCACAAGGUUACCGGACACUAUGAGUUGAUCGAUGCCGAUGGCCACAAGCGAACUGUCCACUAUACGGCCGACAAGCACAAGGGAUUCGAGGCCCAUGUCCACCGCGAGAAGCUGCACGAUCACCACCAAGCUGAGCACCAUGCUGCCCACGGACACAGCGGCUAUGAGGGCGGACACGUUGAGUUUGAGGAGCACUCCUCGCAGUCCGGACACGACUACGGACACUCCGGCCACGGACACGAAGGACACGGUCAUGGUCAUGGUCACGGCAGCAGCUCCCACAGCUACUCGCUGAAACAGGAUCACGGACAUGGUCAUGGUCAUGGACACGGCCAUGGUGAAGAUCACGGCUUCGAGCACGGACAUGGACACGGCCACUAUUGA